ACACCCACACAACCCCCCAACAUACCCCCAAAAUGGCCACAGCCACGCAUACCUGCCCGUUGCGCGGCCUCGGCAAAGCCCACGGCCACGGCUCGUGCAUCAAGUCGAAGAUCAUCCCACCCCACUGCGUCCGCCACUACUGCAUGCGGCACCAAUGGCCGUGCCCAGCGUGCGGACGGCUGUUCAAGCGGAGUCACGGCCGCUGCAAGGCCUGCCAAACGAAGAAGAGCUUGAUCUGGAUCCGAGGAUAUGGCGUGAUACGUUGAGGAGAGGGCGGGUGAGUACGGGGAGGGGGCAAUAUUGGGGAUGUUGAGCUGACGUGAUGGGUAGAACUUCGCGACAACGCUACGCGAUGCGGUUGAGUGGCGGCUUGGGCGGGAGCUUGGACGUGGGAGGGGAUAUAGGAGACGGGGUUUGGGGAGGUUGGCGAGUGGCUGGGGUGCUUGGAGUGGGUUGGCU